GACAACCUCCCCGCCAACCGGCACUCCUCGUCUCUUCCCCUAUAUCACGAGCACCCCCACCACCCUUCACAAUCAACAAUCGGGCCAAUAAAUUAGUAGCCAACGAUCGAUUGUACUGGGGGAUUAUCAGUAAUUACUAAUUAGUAGGUGCGAGUCGAUUGGCGGAGGAGAUGAAGUUCGGCAAGUGGCUCAAGAGGCAGAUCGAGCAGAGCCUCCCGGAGUGGCGGGAUCAGUUCCUGCGCUACAAGGAGCUCAAGCGCUGCGUCAACGCCGUCUCCGGAGGCUGCCCGCCGUCGCCGGUGGAGGAGGCCGAGUUCAUCGCCACACUCGACGCCGAGAUGGAGAAGAUCAACGCCUUCUUCCUCGAGCAGGAGGAGGAGUUCAUCAUCCACCACCGGGAGCUGCAGGAGGACAUCAGCAGGGCGCUGGACCGCAAGGCCGCCGGGCUAGUGACGCCGGGGCAGCACGAGGCCGCGGUCGCCGCCAUCCGCAGGGAGAUCGUCAACUUCCACGGGGUCAUGGUGCUGCUCCUCAACUACAGCAGCAUCAACUACAUAGGUCUGGCCAAGAUCCUGAAGAAGCACGACAAGCGCACGGGCGCGGUGCUCCGGCUGCCGGUGAUCGAGGCGGUGCUGGAGCAGCCCUUCUUCGAGACGGAGACGGUGUCGCAGCUGGUGCGGGAGUGCGAGGCCAUGAUGGAGGCCGUGUUCCCGGAGGCGCCCGAGGGCCAGGCGGCGGCGCGCCAGGACCAGGAGGCGCUCGCCGUCGCCGAGCAGAGCAUCUUCCGGAACACCGUGGCGGCGCUGCUCACCAUGGAGGACGUGCGCGCCUGGAGCUCCACCAGAGGCCGACACUCGCUGCCGCCGCUCAACCUGCCGGACUCCGACUGGCUCCGGUCAUUCCAGCAGGCGGCACCGAUCCCCACCCAAUGACAGUAGUCAAUUGCCUUCCUCGCUCCUCUGUUUUUCUCGCCUCUUGGCACUUGGCAGCGCCCCGCCCGCCGGAGAUGCUCUGCUUUCUUGCCUGUAAUUUCCAAGCUUCUUAAGUUCUUUCUAUUUAUGCGGUACCAUCCAACUUCCUAACAAAGUACUCCCUCCAUUUUUCUUUACAUGACGUUUCUAACAAAAGUUUUGGCCUGCUUCCAGUGCAAAUCUGUAGUCAGAAACAGCAACUAUCCACGAAGUACUAGCUUGUACUAAACUAAAUAGUGGAAGUACCAAGGUGAGAUGUGAGCGAGCAUUCAAAUUCAUACUGAAUUUGGUGCAAAAAUUGUACAGUGUUGCUGUAAUUUAUGAAAGGAUAGUUUCUCAGAGAC